UUGUGAAAGCUUCACACGGAAGUUUUGUCGACUGCUUUUGCCUCUCCUAAAUUAACGACGGUCACUACAAAAUAAGUGAAAAUGGGGUCAUCAUGGAAAUGUAAAAAGGAUUAGACAAAUUAACUGCCAAGUAAGAGGAAAAUACUAUUUUCUUGGUGAGAGAGUGUCGAAACUGAGUUCGAACCCGCCGACCGUUGCUAGGUAACGCUUGUUGUGUCUCGACAAAAUAGGACUGCUGGUUAAAAUCUCUUAGGUGUUCAAUAGCAUUUUAUUUUCAUCGAUACGAAACGAAUUGGUCUGCGGGGUUUGUGGAUUUGACGCUAUUCUACAGUAGAACAACAUGGAUCUUGAAACAAAAGACGUUUCACAACUCGAACUGGCGACUCUUUCGGGGUACAACGGACAGGUACGCUUUGGCAUGAGGCUUCAUCCGGACAAAGAGCACCUCAUCUAUCCUCUGGGAUGUACCGUUGUUCUGACCAGAAUUAAAGAUGACAUGAGGCACUUCCUGCAUGGACACACGGGCGAUGUCUCCUGCAUAUCCAUGUCCAAAAGUGGAAUAUAUAUUGCUUCGGGAGAGAUCAAUUUCCAAGGCUUUGAUGCUGAAAUAAUCGUCUGGGAAUAUGCGACGCGAUCCAUCUAUACCCACUUUCAAAUCCACGAGGCAAAAGUAGAAGCGUUGGCCUUUUCACCCAACGACAAAUACUUGGUGUCCCUUGGUGGCCAGGAUGAUGGCAGGAUACUCUUAUGGAGCAUUGCAGCCAAGCAGGCCAUUUGUUCAGCCCCAGCGUUACCACUCAGUUUAUGUCACCGCCUCACCGUCAAGUUCUCCAACACAAAUGACAACAUGUUUGUUUCUGCUGGCAGGGCAACCUUGCAGGUCUGGGAGCUGGACAAGGAUAACAAGAUUAAACCUUCAGACUGUCAGCUGAGCAAGCUGAAGAGGACUGUGAAAUGUGUUGAGUUUGCGCCAGAUGAUCAGUUUAUUUUCUGUGGUACUACCAGCGGAGACAUCUUGAAAAUCAACACCAAGACAAAAUAUCUGAGCGACUACGGUCCGGUUAAAACAAAACACAGUCUGGGUGCCAAUGUCCUAAAGGCAUUACAUACAGGUGAGCUCGUUGUUGGUUCUGGAUUUGGAAACUUAACACUGUGUUCCACGACAAACUUCAAGGCAAUCAAACACAUCCAGCUGAACAAUGGAGUGACCUCUAUCGCUCUCAAAGACGACGGCCUACACUUCUUUGUUGGCACAGAUGCUUCUCAGAUUUAUUGCGUCAAUUAUGAGACCUUCAAAGCUGAGCUUGUAUCCACAAGUCACCACGGACCCGUCAAAGACGUCUCCAUCGCUUAUGGAUCAUCUGAGUUGUUUGUGACCGGUUCCGAGGAGGACAUUAGGGUGUGGCACAUAGAGAAGCCCAAAGAGCUGCUGAGAAUCCCCGAACCCUGUAUAAUAUGUAACUCUGUGUACUUGAUGGUUGACGGACACAGCAUCGUUAGUGGCUGGAAUGAUGGAAAGAUUCGUGUGUUUGCUCCGCAAAGUGGUCGCCUCUUGCUCAUCAUUCACAAUGCGCACAGAGGCGGUGUGACAGCCAUGAAGGGGUCCAGGGAUUGUCAGAAGGUUGUCAGCGGGGGGCAAGAAGGACAGGUAUGUGUUUGGGAGCUGCUGAAGCACGGCCACCGGCGCUUGGCGUUCUUGACAGAGCACAAAGCCACUGUCACGUGUGUCCAAAUCAAGAGUGAUGACAAGCAGUGUGUCACUUCCAGCACUGACGGAACCUGUAUCAUCUGGGACAUAGUGAAAUUUGUUAAAAUACAGAAGAUAAUUGCCAAAAACACAUUGUUCCGGACUGUGUGCUAUCAUCCUGAAGAACACCAGAUCGUGACCAGUGGCACCGACAGAAAGAUCAUCUACUGGGACGUGCACGAUGGCACACCAAUCAGAGAGCUCCAGGGCUUGCAGACGUCGGCCAUCAACUGCAUGUUCAUCUCCCAUGAUGGCAGGCAUUUUGUGACAGGUGGAAACGAUAAGCUGGUGAGGGUGUGGGACUACAUGGAAGGUGUAGUAACCCAUGUCGGCAAAGCUCAUGGCGGCCCUAUCACCAGUGUUGAGAUCUGCUGCAACAACCGCACUCUGAUCAGCACCAGCUCUGAUGGAGCCGUCUUACGCUGGAAGUUCCCUCACCCUGCUUUGGAUUGACGUCAAAACUGGACUAGCAAGCGUUAUUUUGGUGAAGCAGUACUGAGCGAAAUGAGAUUCACAUUGAAAUUCUUCUCGCCUGUGUGACUGCAUUACACUUUAACUGCUAAGGGGACAGUUGAAUGGAUAUCAUAGGUCUACAUAUGCAGAUGAAGUCAGUCUAUGUAAGCGCCACACUGUGCAGUAGAUUACAUGCAGACUUCAUUCUGAUUAACACUUCUAUUAACAUUCGCUCUAUUUAAGAGCACCAAAUUAUCAACUGUAAUUCUUUUGAAGAUUCUUGCUAGAAGGGGUAAGAACAUAUCUUCCUGAUAUCCUUAUCUGAUUCUGUUAUGUCACGCAAAGAGACUCAUUUAAAUACACUGGGAUCUUUUCAAAGCAAUUUUACCAUAGGAAAUUACCUGUUCCAGGGUCAAACUGUUCCCAUCACAAGUAAACAGGUAAUGUUUCAAGCAA